AAGUGUUAUUAUGAGCAUUAAUCCAUUAAUGCUCGCUGACAUAUUCGAUACAAAUGUGCAUACUCCAUUUCUAAAAGGCAGCCACUUGUGAAUGGAAAACUUAAAAAGACCUCUUUGCUCUAGCUGAGUUUUCCACGUGUGUGAGAGCCAACGUCGGAGAAAAAAUAACAACUAGUCCUUUGUCAUAAUGAGCAAAUGUGAGAGCUCCGGUCAUUUAUAACCACACAAGCGUCAAUCAAAGAGUGAUAAGUGGACGAUAAGGUGAUGACUCAGAUCCUGGGAUCAAGCUGUCUAAACCGCUCAAGGGAUGGGACCCAUAGGGAAAACAAACCAAUCUUGGACAAUGGUGAUGAGAACAAUUCAAGCCCCACGGUGGAUCAAACUUUGUUUGACAGUCAAGACGUUUGUGUGAGGAUCACCAAGACAUUUCUCCUCAAUAUAGCCUUCCUGGCUUUGGGUGUUUGUGAAGCCAUCCGUGGCCCGACCUUGCUGGAUCUCCAGGAUCUCUACAAGACCAACCUUGAGACCAUUUCAUUCUUGUUUUUAAUCGAAUGCAUUGGCUCUUUAUUGGCCUCAUUCUUGAGUACGCUUUGAUGGAUUGGCAACGCGCCAUCCAAGUUGGCUUAUUCAUGACGAACUAUCCUCAUCUGAAUAAUCUGUUUGUGUUCGGUGGAUUGGUUUCACUAGGUCUAGUGACUGCAUUAGUCCCUUUUGCGGGCGAUUUGCCGAACCUUUUCAUCCUGCUCUUCUUCGUGGGAUUUCUCAUUGCUGCAGUUCAUACAGGCGGCAAUGUCCUAUGCUUGGACAUUUGGUCUGGAUUUGAUAGUGGUCCCCACAUACACUCCAUCCACUUCUGUUACUCUUUUGGAGCCUUCUUCGCUCCAAUCCUGGCUUCCCCAUUCCUCAGUAAACGGAUCCAAACCGACGAAUUGCCCCCUUCCGGCCAUUUUGAUCACUUGCUUCGCCAAUUUCAUCCACACCUGAUCACUACCACAGAGAUCACCAAACUAUACCCAAUCAUAGGGAUUGGAACGUUUUUGGUGUCCUUUGGCUUUCUUCAUUACGGAAUCGAAGAUUUAAAGAGACGGAAAUCCGUGUUGAAAACAGCGACUGAUUUGGAUUCAAACUCCGAUGAAUAUGAAAAACCGCAGGAACAAAAGGCUACGCCAUUUCUGACCCAAUUGUUGGUGGCCUUAUUCAGCCUUUUCCUGUUCCUUUAUGUUGGCAUGGAAUAUUGUUUUGGGACCUAUCUCACAACAUUCGCCUAUGAAUCCAGACUUAAUCUAACUCGAAUUCAAGGAGCCAAUUUAACCGCCAUCUUUUGGGGAGCGUUUUCGUUCAUGCGAUUCCUAGCCAUCUUUGCAGCCUUUUACAUCUCACCCUUAGUGGUCUUGGCCUUCAGUUUCGUGAUAUGCUUCUUUGGCACCUUUACUUUGAUAUUUAUUGCCGAGCAAUCUUAUGAGGCCUUGGCACUUGGAACCGGGGUCUUGGGAUUUGGCAUGGGAACAAUCUUUGCCACUGGUCUCUCCUGGUUGGAAAAGUACAUCAAUAUCAACAAUGGAGCUGGCACGAUCCUAGUUGUGGCGGGAACGCUUGGUCCAGAUAUGUUUCCUGUGCUGCUUGGCCAAUUCCUGGAGAAGUCUCCAAUGGUUCUGAUCUACACCCAAUUCGGCGUGAUUGUGGCAUGUAUCAUCUUAUUCAUUGGCUCUUACUGUAUUACCAAAAGGUUGAAGUAAGAAAAAAAAACAGUUUUUCCCGAUUGAUGGGAUAUUUUCAUGCUAGUGUGCAAUAUUUGCAAGAGAAGUAUAUAAGCAGUAUUUUGUGAUGAGCA